UUUUCUAGAUCUUCGCCUGUUUUUCAAAGCAUAAAAUUUAACUAAAAAAAAGAUACAUCUUUGAUUUGUGGAUUAUUCUCAUUUGACGAGUUCUUAUUUAGGAUUGCAAUGUCUUCACCGGCUGAAUUUUAUAACUCUCUUCCACCAAUAAGCAAGGCUUAUGGGACUGCAUGCUUAUUGUUCACUACAGCCUUCCAAUUAGGACUGUUAAAUGUUUUUUACAUUGCGUUGCUAUAUGAAUAUGUAUUCAAGUACUUUCAGGUUUGGAGGCUGAUUACAAACUUCUUUUUCCUUGGGAAAUUUUCUAUCAAUUUUGGGAUACGCCUUUUAAUGAUAGCAAGAUAUGGAGUCCAACUAGAGAAGGGGCCAUUUGAGAGACGGACAGCUGAUUUCUUAUGGAUGAUGAUAUUUGGUGCAUUAUCAUUGUUGGUUUUGUCAGCAAUCCCGAUAUUUAGAACCCCUUUCCUAGGGGUAUCUCUUGUUUUCAUGCUCCUUUAUGUCUGGAGUAGAGAGUUCCCAAAUGCUCAAAUCAACAUAUACGGUCUUGUGACUCUUAAGGCAUUCUAUCUACCUUGGGCAAUGCUUGCUUUGGAUGUUAUUUUUGGUUCACCUCUCAUCCCGGAUCUCCUCGGAAUCAUUGCUGGACAUCUAUAUUACUUCUUGACCGUGUUGCAUCCUCUUGCAACCGGAAAGGUCUUCCUGAAGACACCUAUGUGGGUAAGUAAAGUGGUUGCAAGAUGGAGAAUAGGAGUUCCAACACAGCCAAGCAGUCGACCCAGUGCACAGCCCGAUAGCUCAACAGGUGUGGCUUUCAGAGGAAGAUCAUAUCGACUUAGUGGAUGAUAUUCGAGGUUUGAUCAACU